UGUAUUUAUCCAUCUGGACAAAUAGCUGUGUGUCAGAGCUACUCAGGACUGCAGUGUGGAGGGCUUUAUACCAAUAUCUUUUCUGUAGAUCAGACCAUUCUUGGCACAUUUACUCCAUUUGGACAUGGAAGUAUUUGCUUUCCUGACAGUAAUGUUUUUGCUCUACAAUAUAAUAAAUUAAGUGGAGUGCUAACGAAUAAGGAAGGAGAUAUAAUACAAGAAUGGAACUGGCCCUGGAAUGGAAAAUUAGGUGAACCAAUCACAGUGCAGGUUAAUGAAUACAUCUCAGUUAGGAUUCUGGGUCAAUAUGCUGUGAAUUUGGUCUACAAAUGGCAACACGAGACAGUGCGUUUGUCUCUUUCACCCCUUGUGGAUGUAUCAGUGCCUCAGCUAGAAGACCUGGGGAUACCUGUGACAAAUGAAAGUUUUUCCUCCAGAACAGCCAGGGAAAUGUGUAAGGCCAACAAAAAAAAGGCAAAAGAAAAAGAUUCAAAGAAGCAUCCAAAUAAAGCGAAGUCAAUUUUAGCAGAGCUGGCCAAGACUCUUGAAAUCCCUGAGGCACAUGUCAGCCCUUUAAAUGAUUUUAAUGCAGUUACAGAGCUUAGGAAGCUUCAAAGAAAGAUUAGAAAUAUUGUGGAUGAUUGGAUGGAGCAUUAUCAACUGGCUUCAGGCAUUGACUCCCCACAUAUUCAGAAGAUGUCUGAAACACCUUCCAAAAUGUCAAGUAUGCGCAAAGUGCAAUCUGCUGCAGCCCACCCUGUUACUUCAAUGGCAGAUGCAAAAGAACAGCCUGCAAGGAAUACAGAUGGAGAUGAAACUUUCUACAAGGAUAUUCCACUUCAAGGGCGUUUCCUGUCAGCUCCAGCACAAACUAACCCCAUGCGACUGAAUACACCACUGAGCUCUUAUUCCCCCAGACCAUCCUCUUCAAAAAAAGCAGCUGUCAAACAAGAGCACAGCACCAUGGAGGGAAGCCUAUAUAAAAGCAUGUCUGGUAUGCACCUUUUUAAUAAACCAGGUACUCUGGCAGCCUCACUGACUCCUUUGUCUCCUGAACAAGACAUUGAGAGAUUGUGGCACAUAUCACAUCACACAUGCCCAGUAGUCCUGCAGAGACUCAUACUUGGAGAAGAAGGAGGGAUGUGCAGGUGUAGCAAUCACCAGAUUCCUAAUAUCACAGACUUGGAGUAUGACAAACUGAUAAAUAUGAAGAUGACACCCACAGAACAGAUUCUGGUUGUGUGUGUUGUGUCAUCAAGAAAUUCAGAGGAGGAUCAGAGCACUGAUGUGCUGAAUCUUCUGUACGAGAGAAAGAACAGAUACAGGAGUAUGCCCUGCAUGCAGAGCCGCUUAGACUCAUUUCGCCUGCUGAAGUACGACAUCAACAGCUGCACUGAGCUCACGGAGUCCAAGGUUCCCCUUCUGCUUCAGAGGCACAGUGUUGCUCCAGGCAUGUUUCUGAUGUAUAUUCGUGGCAAGCUGCUUUUCGCAAACUACAUAUUUAAUGGCUAUAGCAGAUCGGUGAAAGACCUUCAGAAGCAAAUAGUGAAAACAAGAAGUGACUAUCAGAUGGGAUACAGUCUUCCCAGUGAUUUCAAAUUCAGGACAGAAUAGUAUGAUAACAUGACCAUGACACGAAAAAGGUUCCAUUUUUCAAGAUGUCGGAGAAGUCACAAUGAUAAGCUAUAGACACAGCAAAACACAACCUUGGCAUUUGUAAAUAAUCUUUCUUUAUGUGGCAAUGUGUAUAAUUAAAACAAUAGAUUUUGUGAAGUGCAUAAAAAUGUUUUUGCAGCAUCUUCCUAGAAUCCCACAAAAAAAAGCCAUGGACUGCGUGGCAACUGCUACUGUUGCAAUGUAAGCAAAAGCAGCAUCUGCUAAGUAACCCACAGCAUUUGGGGCAAGUAGCAACAUUUUCUUUUUAAAUCUUUUUGCCUUCAAACACAUUAAAUGUUAACAGGUGACAGUACUGAUCAUUAAUACCUGUCCGAACUGUUACUCCCCCAAUGCAAAUCUCAUGUAGGGAAAGAGGAUCUGGACAAUUAUUUGCCACCCUAUUAAAAUAACAGAAAGAUCACUGUGUAGUACACAUCAAUGCUAUUCACCAAAUACUGAUAAAUCAGCCCCUGAGCCUGUGCGUGGGCAGAAGAUGGUGUUUAACAAGGUUAUCUGGGGGUGGUCAUUGGGGAUAGAUAGAUAGAUAGAUAGAUAGAUAGUUACAUCAGUAAGAUGACAACAACUAAGACAUUUACCUCAAAAGCUCUUUUCUGUCCAAGUUUCCGCCAAAUGAAUUAAUUAUAGAACAUGCAGCCUCAUUAGUUUUCCAAUAGCUCAGCACUUCCCUUUUGUUUUAGACAUUCUCUCCCCAGCCAGAUAAUGGGAUGUUUAAAGGUGGGAUUCAGUUGUGAAGGUGAAUGAUAUUGUGGGAAUGUUACAAACUAACUGCAACAGAAAUGAGGGUUUAGUAUAACUGAUACCAGAAAUUCUGAAUCGUGCAGCAAAGUGUUUGACUCUUUUUCAAUUCCCACAGCAUUGUAUCCUCUAUUAUUCCUGUACUGUGCAGAGUUUAGCCUGUGAAAGUCCCAUGGGUCUGCUCAUAAAAAAAAAUAUUUCUAGCUUAUACUUUCCUUAGUACUGGAAUCCCUUUUUGCAUGUAUAGUACUUCUGAAAGUAAUUUUUUACAACCAUAAUAAAACAGAAUGGUAGCCUGAUGAUCCGAAAGCUACUCACCAUUCAGUGACGUUACUUGGUUGGGCUAUAGAGAGCGACCCCAGUCUCAUGCUAGCUAGUAAUUCUACUCUGCACUUAUUUGCUAAACCAAAUUCACUCCGUGUGGUAUAAAAUUUCCUUUUACUGCAUAUAAAACAUUUAAUGGAGAACUAAAGUCUAACUAAAGAAGAAGGGCAGAAAUGCUGUACCUUAUGUUUUUGGGAGCCUGUUCCAGACCAAGGUAACCACAGCCCUUUAGCAGGGAAGAUCUGUGCCUCCAAAUGUCAUUUUCUGCUUGUUUCUUUGCAACGAUCCCUAAGAUUAGUUUUCCAACAGCUGCCCAGAGCACACUGAGCAUGUAAGGGUCACAGACACUUUCCAAGAUGGGGAGGUCCUGUGACAGGUUUGAAGUCCUGGUCAUUGCUGCCAUUGAGAUGCUGAACCUUUAGGCUGGUGCAGUAAAUACAGUAUAGAAAUUAUGGCAUUUUUAGCCAUAUUAAUUUUUAGGGUUUAGUUUUCCUUUAAUUCUAGAAAACAAUGCCUAUAAAUCAGGGCACAUCACAAAAUAUGUUGUAGGUUUUAUUAAAAAAUUACAUUCUAAGCUUGGUAAGUAUAAGAAAUAUAGUCACAAAUGAGCAACAUCAUUAGCCAGUACACACUGGACAGGAACAGGCAAAGUGGCACAUAGUGCCAUGCAAAGAACAUUUGUCUAUAUUCCUAAAACAUAUGGGCUAACUAGCUAACACAGGCAUGACACUGCAACAACGCGGCUACCCGUUGCAACAAAUUGGAUCCUUGCACUGAUCUUACUUAGAGUUUACUGAUCAAAACUAGUUGCUUAUUGGUUCCUUUGCGGAACUGUACUGGUAUAAGUUAGUACCUGUGUUAGCCAAUGAGCCAUAGGGUCUGUUUGUUUCUUGACAGAAAACAAAACAUCACAGAAAAGGACAUUAUAUUAACAUUCUAGAAUAAAAAGAAAAUUGAAUAAAUAGAAUUAAAUAUUAAAAUAACAUUGAAGUGAUGUAUGUGUUUGUACUAG